UCUCGCUCGCUCUCCUUCCCUCUUCCACGAUCCGCACGCCUUUCGCUCGCAGGUCGUGCGCAACACACCUCACAGGAACACCGACGCUCGCAUCGUCGCGCUGCUGGAGACGGACCCAGAUCCAAGACGGCACCCAGCCCUUUAUAUGUCAGCUGCACACUGACCGCAAAAGCUCUCGGUCGCGAAUGGAAACUCCAGUAAUGAGUCAGUUCGGUGCCGAGGCUUAUGUGGAUGUCAGUUACAACUAUACCUGGGUACGUCCCUCCUCUUUUCUCCUCAUCACCCUCCUCCUCGACCUUGCUCUCUAGUCCAGCCCCCCGAUGAGCUAUCGAGGCGAGCAACUUCCUCCGCCGCUCAGUGCCAGCCACUGGGAUCAGGUCAUGGUGUCCCGUCCAGACUCCAUCCCUCAAAGCCCUCCUAUGUCUUAUGAAUCACAAGCACUGCCCUUUGCUCCUGAAACCGCCUCCAUCGCCGGCUCUCCGUCCUCUCCUGCCCUCGUUUUCCUGGAUGACCCCACCAGUAACACGAUCGCCGACGCUCUCUCCGCCAAGAACUCGCCCAAGAUGGCCCGCAGAGGCGCACGCCGCCCGAAUCCCGUCGCUAUCCCGAACCUCACCAAGAAGGCGAGAGGCCGUCCGGUGCCCACCAAGGACACGCUCCUCAAGCCUGGCAACGGCAGGGCCUACGCAUGCCCGGUUGAAGACUGCCGCAAAGUCUUCACGCGCUCCGAGCACCUCAAGCGGCACACACGCUCCAUCCACACCAACGAGAAGCCCUUCCGGUGCGAGGAGCUCAACUGCGGCCGGCUGUUCACCCGCCACGACAACCUGCUCCAGCACCUCAAGAACCACCGACACGCCUCGCCGAGCGAGUUCGGCCCGCUCGAGCGCGUCUGCGUCUCGCCCUCGUCGUCGCCCGAGGCCCACCCCGUCUCGCCGAGCAUGGGCGUCCUCAUCCCGCCGCUCCCGCGCAUGGUCGUCCCGCUCGAGCGCGACGCCGCCCCGCCCGCCCACGCCGCCGCCGCGUACACGUACUCGCCGCCCCUCGCCGAGCUCUCCUCGCCCGGCAGCACGCCCGGCCCCGCCGAGCCCGCGUACCUCGAGUACACGUACGGCUACGCGUGGCCGCAAUCCGACGUGCGCUCGCUGCCUGCGCAGGCGCACCACCCCCAGUACGCCGUGGCCGCCCCCGCGCACACGUUUCGCGAGCGGGUAUCCGCCGGCUACGGGUUUAACAUUUAAACACCCUAGAAGAGUGGUCUGGUCUCCCGGGACUCCGUUAUACCCCCCACUUUAGUCUCUCCGGGCGUUUCGUUCGUUCGUUCGUUCGUCUUUUUGGUUUCUGCCGUACAUGCACGCUUUUCUUUUUUUUGUCUCCCUUCGUCUGGCAUUUUUUUUUCGAGUCUCUCGGCAUCAUCAUCGGACUUCUGAACUUGCAUGCAACCAUCAUCUCUUUAUUCAGCUGUACCCAUAUGUCUCAUCCAUCCAUCCAUCGCUGCUGCUGCACACACCUCCCCUCCUACUUCUGUAGCCAUCACGUCACGACCUGUAACGACCCCGCUCACGAAAUGCAAAUGACCCCCGAUUGGACUGGCUGGCUGGCUGGCUGGAACCUCCGUUGUCGGAGCUUGCGCUUUGCAACCUGCGAGGAACCUGCACAUCACGUCGGCACGCCGGCAGAGUCACCUGGAUAUCGC